AUGCCGGAUCCACAAGCGGGGAUUGGAGGCCCCCUUGUUGAUUUUGAUGGCAACUUUGUCGGGAUGAACUCCUCUCGUACCAAAAUGGAGAAGACUGCUUACGUGCGAAGGGAGGGAAUUUUCCGAUUCUUGGUGCUUCAUGGGAAGGUCAGUGUUAGAGUUAAGGAAGGGUUUCAUGAUGCUUCAAGGGCAAGAAUGAACAGUGAGAUGAAAGCAAUUAGGCCAAGUUUGAGUGCUAAGUCCGUAGAGAAAUUGAGUAAAUCCAGAAAAGGUGCCUUGAGUAAGCAAGUACUUUCCAGAUUAAGCAUGAGCAUUGUGGCGCUGGCCUCAUUCGAUGGUGAUACCCAAUUACACGAAUGCACGGGCACAUGCAUCGAAAGCUCAUGUCCUGAUGCUACGUGUUUCCUGACAUCGAUAAAUUUGAUUCCUUAUACUUGGUGGUUAGGGAAGAUCACUGAAAGUUUGACGAUUAAAGUACGCCUUCCUGAUGAUCAGAUUGUCACUGGGUGGAUAGAGAAUCCUGAGAUAUAUGUUGAUUUUUUUAUCGUCAAAAUCAAGAACGACGAUGUUAUUGAUCCCCUCCAUCUACGUCAUCUAAGUCUUGAUCGUGCCACGCAGUUUGAGCCUUAUAGGAAGGUAGCAGCUGUAUGGCGGCAUUAUGAUUCAGGAGAAUUAAAGGCCACAAGUGGAGUAGAUCUUGCCUCUGUAUGCGCUCUUACAGAUGAGGAGAUGUUAAGUACAUGCCGUAUCCAUGAGGUGGGGAUUGGAGGUCCCCUUGUUGAUUUUGAUGGCAACUUUGUUGGGAUGAACUGCUCUGGUACCAAACAAAGAAAGACCCCCUACGUACAAAGGCCUUCAAUUCGUGAAUUCAUGUGGUUUCGCGGGAUGGUCAGUGUUAAGGAAGAGGUUGAUGAAGCUGUAACUGCAAGAUUUAAAAGUCGUUAUGGAGAUUCAGCUUUCCUCAGGGCAGGAGGUGGGCAAUACAUAAAUCUUCUCGAUGAUACGUUCAAGAAGGAUAUCUUGAGGAAACCAUUGGGAGGUUUUGGAUUAGAAAUGGAUCGAAGUGCCUACUCACUUGCUUCAGAAUCAAGCAAACUUCUUGCUUCAAAAAUGAAUCGAAGUGUUGUCUCACUUGCUUCAUUCAAUGGAUUUGCAAAAAAGUUUUCUUGCUCAGGUGUAUUUAUAAAGGGCGAAGCGUGCUCUGCAACAAUUCUGACUUCAGCAAGUUUGUUCAGAGUUCCUGGCAGUUCACACAUGAUCGAUGAUAACUUGAGGGUUGUUACUGCUAACUGCUAUCAAUUUUUUUUCUUUUCAUUUCAUAUACUGGUUAACAUAACGUUAUCAUUGCAGAUUGAAGUUUGCCUUCCAAACCAAUAUCGAGUUGUAGGGAUAUUGAACUGUUAUAAUUUACAGUACAAUGUUGCUCUUGUUGACAUCAUGGGAUUCUGGCGUCCUCGUACAAUAAAAAUCCAUGGGCAUCCAGUUACCUCAUCUAUGGACGUAAUAGCUGUGGGUAGUCUUUUUGCGUGUCGCAAACUAAUGGCUGUUGAGGGGAAGGUGUUGAUUGGCAAACAAAGCAAACUUGAUUGCAAAGAACUUUGUGUCUCCACCUGUAAAAUCACCAAGGCUGGGAUUGGGGGGCCUCUUAUUGACAAUGAUGGGAAUUUUGUUGGAAUGAACUUUUAUGAUGAGGAAGAAACUCCGUUCCUGCCGAGGGAUGUUAUUCACCACCUCUUGUUGAACUUCAAUAAAAAACGGACUAGUGCAGAUGGUACUAUUGUCGAGGAUGUUGAAAACAGAUGGUUGUUGCCUGGCGGGACACACAGAAACACUGAAACUGUUGCACCGAUUGAUGGAAACAAAUGGCCGUUGCCUGAGCCACGCUUCGUUGGUCGUAGAGCCAAGCCUUUGCCACGUCAAAAAUGGCCUCUGCCUCGUGGCCGAAAGCCUCUGCCUGUGUGA